CCGCGGGCCCGCGGCACAUCACAGAGGGCUGCUGCUUCCCCUGAAUUUCCCCUACCACCUCAGCUCCUUCCGCUGCAGCACAUUACCGGUGACGUUUUGUAUGCCUCUUGGCUGCUUCCUUGGCUGCUCCUCCAUUACGCUGUGGCGUCAGAGAUUGUGUCUUGUGAAAGUGCCCCUCGGUCUUGGUGCAUUUGAGGUGCAUUUUGUCGAGAUUUCUGGGAUGCAAUGCUCAUUGCUCGUGUUUGGUGAUUCUCGCUUGCCCUCCUCCAAUGCCAAGCCCACGUGCGCAAUCCGCUGGCUCUGCGGCCACGACCGCGACCACAUCAAAUGGGCGAAUUCUCAGGACGGCCGGCAAUGUCGCCCUACACGGCUCACAGUCCCCUCAAUGGAAAUCUGUCGCGCGACUACAAGGAGCUUCGAGCUCGAGAAGCGGGACACUAUCAAUUUGAUGCGAUAUUUGAUGCGGCUUCGGGGCUCGGUCUGUCUGCCUUGUCAGGAUGUCGCCAACAACCCGGUCGCGGGCUGAGAGCCAGAGAUGGCAUCAUAUCCAAUAACUCCGCUCUGCCAUGUUGAUAGGGUCUGCUGCACGUGUUUUCGAUCUGUAGGACAAGGGACCACAGGGUCGUCUCCGAGAACUUGCAGUAGCGACGCCAUUCAUGGACUUUCAGGGUCUGGGGUCAUAAUGCAGCGUGCCCUAAACUCGACGUUGCAGACGGUCUCUCCUCCAGGUCGCUUGCAUUUUGCACUUUGAUCAAGCCAC